AUGUGGUUUACUAAUUAUGCUGCAGUCGCAGCAUUCGCUCCCUUCUUCGUUGCUCAUCUAGUGUAUGCGGCUCCUUCGAAGAAAUCAGGUGCCUUUGAAAUUGCUACCUUGGGUGGAGCAGCCUUUCGAAUUGAACAAGUCCCUAACCCGGACUUUUACUACGGAUCCAGACGAGGACCAGUUGCCCUGGCCAGAGCUUACUCCAAGUUCGGACACCCAAUACCAGACGAUCUCCUCGGGCUCAUCGAUCAGAUUCUUGGUGAAGCUGGCUUGUUGAAAGGUGGUCACAGAGGAGGAAAGGGGAAGGGGAAAGGGGGCAAAGGAGGUGGAAAGGGCGGCAAUGCAGGGAACAAUAACGGCGGCGGAAGUUCCAAGGGCAACGGCACAACUACAACGCCAGAAGGCGAGGUUGCCGCUAUCCCGGCUGAGUUUGACAGUCAAUACCUCUGUCCCGUCCAGAUUGGCACGCCACCCCAGACCCUGAACUUAAACUUUGACACUGGCUCGUCCGACUUAUGGGUGUUCAGCAGCGAGACCCCAAUCACUCAGGUUGCGGGGCAGACCACCUACAACAUUGGUGCCAGUUCAAGCGCCAAGGUCGUACAGGGUGCGACAUGGUCCAUAUCGUACGGCGACGGCAGCUCAUCCAAAGGUAAUGUCUAUAUGGACAAGGUAAGCAUCGGAGGAGUGACGGUCGACAGUCAAGCCAUUGAGUCGGCCAACUCAGUGUCGGCGUCCUUCUCCCGAAAUAAGAACCAGUCUGGCCUCGUUGGUUUAGCUUUCGGAAGUAUCAAUACCGUCAAGCCUACAAAGCAAAAGACUUUCUUUGAGAACGCCAUGAACAAUCUCGCAACGCCACUCUUUACUGCCAACCUCAAGAAGGGUGCCGCGGGCAAUUACAACUUCGGCUUCCUUGACACCACAGAAUUCACGGGCGAUGUCACAUUCAUUCCCGCCAAUACAACCGCAGGCUUCUGGCAGUUUACAGCGCAAGGCUUCACUGUCGGUUCUAAUGGAACCGCCGCUCAACCUGCACCUCACCAAGCUAUCGCUGAUACCGGUACCACACUGAUGCUCCUUCCAGACACCAUUGUCUCAGCGUACUACCAAAGCAUCCCCAGUGCCCAGUUUGACUCAACUAAUGGGGGGUUCACCUUCAACUGCAAAGACCAGGUACCAUCUUUCACGGUAGACCUUGGGAAAUACAAGGCUGUGGUGCCUGGAGAGUUUAUGAAAAUCGCUCCAGUGGACGGGCAGACGAUUGAGACUUCGACUAAAUGCUUCGGUGGAAUACAGAGCGCAGGAACAUUGCCUUUUGCGAUUUAUGGGGACGUCUUUCUCAAAUCGCAGUUCGUAGUGUUUCACGGUGGGAACAAUGAGCUUGGAUUUGCGAGCAAGCCACUGUGA